AUGGCCGUUCAAGCAUCCUCCAGCAUCCAUCAUCUCGCGGAUCUCGGCACUUCAGCCGCUCUAACUGGCGUCGUCCUCGUCCUCCUAUGCGGUCUCCUGAUCGUGAUAUCCGACUACCUAGACGGAUGGCAACAGAGGCGAGCGCUCAAGGGCAUUCCGAUUGUCGACGAGGGAAGUUACAUGCGCCCGCUGCUGCGGUGGAAGCGUUUUGAUGCCGCGAAGGAGUAUGCGAGGGCAUACCACUUGUAUAGCAAAAAUGGACAACCAUAUGCGACGCGGUUGCAGAACGAUGAUUACGGGAUUGUCAUGCCCUUGAACUCGGCGAAGGAAUGGCGGGCUCUACCGCAUGAGGAACUGAGUUUUCUUCAUGCCCUGGCAGAGUUUGUGGACAUGAACUUGUACAGCGAUGUCACGGAUCGAACGCCCAUUCAGGCCGUUCAUAGUUGCAAUAAUACUCAAUCUCUCAAUCAUCUCAACAAGCUUCUUGUGCGCAAUAUAGACAAUGUCUUACCCUCUAUAUUCAAGCAGCCCACCCAAGAUAAAUGGCUGGAAGUCAACACAUUCCAAACUAUCAUGUCCUUAUGCUCGACCGUGACCAUGAGCUUGCUUCUGGGGCCCGACACUCCCUACGACCCGGUGCUCCAUCACCACGUGUCUUCCUUUGGCGCGGCAAUCAUGGAAAGCUGCUACGGGAGAACAGCCUAUCCCCGAAUCCUACGCCCAUUUGCAUGGCGCUUCUCGCCCCAGUGCCGAGGGCUGAGAACCCAUUUAUCGAUGGCGAGAGCAAGGCUCAUUCCCGAGGUUGCCCGGCGUGUCGCAGCUGCACGAAAGGCCAACAUUGAAGUCAAAGACAGCCGUCCAACAUCUCUGCUGGACGCUCUCAUCGAAGCGGCUCUGGAAAAUGGCAGCUUGAAUCGGGAUGGGAUCUGCACUAACGAGAAGGCGCAGCUGCAGAUUCUGGCGGAUGACCUCCUGUUCUUUCAUUUCGAGCUCUCGAAACCGACCACAGUGAACAUCGUCUUCCAGAUGUACGCCAUCAUGAACCACCGCGAGUACAUGUCCCCGCUUCGAGAGGAGAUCACGAAAGCUCUGGAGCUCACCAACGGCGAGUGGACUGUCGAAACCCUCAAGUAUGCCCCCAAGCUGGAAAGCUUCACCAAGGAGACCUUCCGACUACUCAUCGCAAAACUAGUGGUCAGCUUCCGUCGGGUCAUGAAGCCUGUCACUCUGAAGUCCAUCGACCUAUCCCUUCGCCCCGGUACGAUCCUCGUCUCACCAUGCCGUGACAUCCACCAAGACCCAGACUUCUAUGAGAACCCCAUGACUUUCGAUGGCUACCGCUUCUACGAUACCAACAGCAAUGCGUGCACGCCCCGUGUCGCAACGACCUCGCUCACAUUCCUGUCCUUCUCCCAUGGAACCGGCAGCUGUCCCGCGCGGGUGCUGGCGAGCCAGAUCUGCCGCACCAUCUUCAUCAAGUUUCUCGUGGAGUAUGAUGUCGAGCUGGCGAACAAGAAGAUGCCGGCUUAUGGGUUCACAAAUGGGCCGGUGUUUUUGCCCAAUCCGGAGGUGAUGAUGCGGAUUCGGCCCAGAGGCAACGGUAUGCAGUGA